GCCAGCCCUCCCUCGCCUUCUCUCCCAAGGCCAGGUUGCAGAGAGAGACCCUCCGGCCACCUUCCAGGAAAUGAUAGAAAGUGAUUUACCCUCCAUCAUGUCUGGGCUCAUUAGAGGUUCAGGACAAAGCCAUCAUCCUGCUCCACAAGAAUACAGGCUUCUAGCUACCGACCCUUCGCAGCUGAACGAAGAGGACCUCCCCGGGGACUUACAGUCCCUGUCGUGGCUGACGUCCGUGGAUGUCCCUCGCUUGCAGCAGAUGGCCACCGAAAGGAUGGAUUUCGGCCUUAGUGCCCAGACUUCUCUGCUGCAACAGAGCGGUUCCAAUGCAGGGACUCUGCAGGCCCCGGGGGCUCCUGGGACCAUGAUUCAAAUCCAAGCCAGCCUGCCUCAAAGCCUCCUAGGAUUCAACACCAUUUCCUCCCACGGCGCAAAUAUCGGCCAGUACUUGGGUGGGGGGCAGCCGUCGCCCGGCCUCCAACCAUCGCCGACCCCUCUCUUCCCUCCUCCACCUCGCCACGCGCAGCAAGUCUUCGCCAUUGCCCACAACACGCAACAACAGUGCUCCCCAGCAUCCAUCUACGGGGCCUCUUAUGGGUCCCAGGCUCCCUACUCACAGCAACCCCGCCUCGCUCCCCACGGGGCUCAGGACCUCCAUGUCAAACACUACCCCAAGCCAAUCUACUCCUACAGCUGCCUGAUUGCCAUGGCGUUGAAGAACAGCAAAACGGGCAGCCUCCCCGUCAGUGAGAUCUACAACUUCAUGAAGGAGCACUUUCCUUACUUCAAGACCGCCCCGGACGGCUGGAAGAAUUCGGUCCGCCACAACCUGUCCCUGAACAAAUGCUUCGAGAAGGUGGAGAACAAGAUGAGCGGCACCUCCCGCAAGGGCUGCCUCUGGGCGCUGAACCCUGCCAAAGUGGACAAGAUGGAGGAAGAGAUGCAGAAAUGGAAGAGGAAAGACCUUCCUGCCAUCCACCGCAGCAUGGCCCAUCCAGAGGAACUGGACAAGCUCAUCACCGACCGGCCAGAGAACUGCAGGAGGCUGAGCAAGCCGGCAGAGGCCGACGGAUCCGCGCUGAGCCACGCGGCCACCGCUCAGGGUCGCCUUCCACCCCUGCAGCCCCCGGCCGUCCUGACGCUCUCCCUCCCGCUGCACCGCCAGCUCCAGGCGCAGGCCGGCAUGGCCCCCGAUUCGCCGGCUCCCGCCCAGACCCCCCCUCUCCACCCCUUGCAAGGGGUGAACCACAGCCCCCUCCCUCAGCACCCCAUGAACCGGGGCCCGGAUUUCUUCGGAGCGAUGAUGACGGACAUGAGCACGGAGGUCGACGCCCUUGACCCCAGCAUCAUGGACUUUGCUCUGCAAGGUAACAUUUGGGAAGAGAUGAAAGACGAGAGCUUCAGCCUCGAAACCUUGGGCGCCUUCAGCAGCUCCCCGCUGGCCCUGUCCGACUGCGACCUCACUCCGUCCGGCCUCACCCCCGUCUCCAGCGGUGGCGACCACGGGUUUCCGGACGUCCAAGUGACCGGCCUCUAUACGACCUACGCCGCCCUGGACGCCGUCUCCUCCGCGCAGUACAGGAGCUCACAAGGCAACAAGCCCAUCGCCCUCUUGUGA